UAAAAACAAAGUUACGAGUCAUGGAAGCAAUGAAGGCAGUGAGUGAUCCGAUACCAAAAAAGUUUGCUCUUCCAGUUGAUUCAGAGAAUAAAUCCAUAACCUUUCCACUGUUUUCAGUAGCAAAGCCUCAUAUGCGAGCAUUUCAUCUAUGCUGGAUACAAUUUUUCUCGUGCUUUUUGUCCACUUUUGCUGCUCCACCCCUCCUUCCUAUCAUUCGUGAUAACCUUAAUCUGACUGCAAAUGACAUUGGUAAUUCCGGAAUCGGAUCCGUGUCAGGGGCAAUCUUUGCUCGUGUUGCCAUGGGUGCCGCCUGUGACUUAGUUGGUCCUCGAUUGGCCUCUGCAACCCUCACACUCCUUACUGCACCAGCAGUUUACCUGUCUGCUGUGGCAGACACACCCACGGGUUACUUUCUAAUGCGGUUUUUCACAGGCUUUGCUUUAGCCACUUUUGUCUCAACUCAGUACUGGAUGAGCUCCAUGUUUUCUCCAACAGUUGUGGGUCAAGCUAAUGGGCAAGCAGCUGGUUGGGGAAACCUAGGAGGAGGUGUAGCCCAGCUCGUCAUGCCACUCGUGUAUAGCGUUGUACUUAAGACAGGGUCGACACCAUUCUCAGCCUGGCGGAUUUCAUUUUUCAUCCCUGCUUUAUUCCAGAUGGGCUCAGCAUUUGCAGUAAUGCUUUUCGGCCAAGACCUACCUGAUGGAAAUUUUCACGAGCUACAGAAGUCUGGUGACAUGCAUAAGGACAAUGCCUCUAAGGUUUUAUACCAUGGAGUCACCAAUUAUCGAAGCUGGAUCACUGCUCUGGGCUACGGAUUCUGUUUUGGAGUCGAGCUAGCAGUAAACAACAUCGUUGCCUACUACUUCUAUGACAGGUUUAAUCUGAACCUCUAUAUUUCAGGAAUUGUUGGAGCUAGUUUUGGAAUGGUCAAUCUUUUCUCAAGGCCUAUAGGUGGGGGCCUGUCAGAUUUUAUGGCUAAAAAGUUUGGAAUGAGAGGAAGAUUGUGGAGCUGGUGGGUUGUGCAGGCCUUAAGUGGUGUACUGUGCAUUGGUAUGGGACUUAUGAACACUUUGAGCGGGUCAAUUGCAGUUAUGAUUAUCUUCUCUGUGUUUGUGCAAGCUGCUGAAGGCCUGACAUUCGGGGUUGUUCCGUUUGUCUCUAGAAGAUCUUUGGGAGUGGUUUCCGGUAUGACUGGAGCCGGUGGUAACGUGGGUGCAGUCAUAACUCAAGUGAUAUUCUUCAGAGGAUCUCAAUUCACAACGGAAAAGGGAAUACAGUACAUGGGUUACAUGAUAAUAGCAUGUAGUUUUGGCAUAACUUCCAUAUACUUCCCACAAUGGGGAGGUAUGUUUUGGGGUCCUAAAAAACAUGUUACAGAAGAAGACUACUACUUGAGGGAAUGGGAUGCCAAGGAGCAGGAGCUUGGACUACAUCAUGUAAGCAUGAAAUUUGCUGAAGGUAGUAGAAAUGAGAGAAGUAGCAAAGGAAAAUCAUCACCAGAAGAAGAGAUGACAGAGACUCGCGUUUAAAUGCCACUUAUUGUUUUUAGAAUUUAUGCAAAAGCUGCCAGAUCACAACUCUUAAUGUAUUUGUUUCUAGGGAAAAAACUGUUAUUAAUAUUCGAUACUUAGGGAAAUUCUUCCCACCGAAUCUUCCUAAACAUUCUCCUUCUUUCA